CCUGGCUCAUCUUUCAUCAUUCCUCACUGUCCCAUUUUAUCAAGGAAUCACAAAACUACACCAAAGGCAAAGAUGCUGGCUGUACUCCUCAUCGUGGGAGGAUUAAUUCCCCAAAUCCAUGCCGGAGCUUUCACAAUCCGCAUACUAUCAGCUGAUGACAAUGUAAUCACGGGCCGAUUCCUCGACUCUCUGCUGCUCAGUUUCCCUCCCUGUUCCUUUGCUGACCAGAAUGUGGACCUGGAGUACACGAAUUGCAACACCAGUAAAAACUACACCCUGGACAACAUUUUCACGGUUCCAAAAUGUGACAACGAAGACAACCGUUAUGGACCACCCGCACAUAGGAUGAACAUUGGAUACAAACUGAACAACCUCACAAGUGGCACACAGUACAAGAUUAACUAUAAAAUUGGAAAUAGCAAAAGCAACACUGUGACGGCAACUACAAGAACAGCAAAUGAUUACGCAAAAAUCGGACUUGGCUUUCCAGGACGUAGUGCAGCGAUGGUGGUGAUCGUAGUUAUUCUGUCCGUGGCUGCAUUUAUCCUGCUAAUCAGUAUCCUGGUCGGUUUGUUUGCGUCCCCUUGUCGAGACUAAAACAUCACUUCACAUUCAGAAAUCAAAUCUAUUACAUUAUGCACUUCACAAAUAUACACUGUUCAAAAGCUUUUGCCUGGCAGUGUAUAGGUUCGUUUUCUUUUUAACAUUUCUUCCUUAAGACAUAAAAUAAAAAAAGAAUAAAGCUAGCUAUCAAACUAAGAAUGUUGUAGAUUAAACCUUUUCAUAAAGCUUAUGCAUGUCACAAUCUUUUUGCUGUAGGAUGA